UGCUACCGAAAGCUCGACAAAGAAUUGAAAGUCAAAGGAAAACACGAACAAUUACUAAGAUAAUUGUGCGCUCAUUCUCGGUACAGCGCAGCUUUCUUUGACAUCCCUUAAUAUCUCCGCGGGUUGUUGGAUACAACUCACGUGUUCAUGUUUUAUUCAUCCUGACGAGCUAAUGUAGCUAACUUCUUUGCUAGCCAGGAAGAGUUGACAUAUCACUGUUGGCUUCAGGUUAGCUAACACAGUCAACAUAGGAGCCACAAUAAAGAGUAAGACCUACAUUCGACCUCCUUUUCUUAUUCAAGAGCUCCAGAUGCGGCUAAAGGACCCCUUCUCUUUGAAAGCCUCCGAUAUGACCAAGCGGACUAACAAGCCGAGAAGACCUCGAGAUGAGGAGUCAUCAGAUGAAGUCAGCGGGUUGACUUGUCAGCAUGUGAGCAAGGCGGUGGACCUGAGCUCGGUGAAGAAGUCAGUGCUCUCCAGCGUGUGGCUGGUGUGCUCUGAGUGCUUAAAGGAGAGGACCAUGAUCGAUGGAGAGCCAGCAGCCUCCCAUGACAUCCUGGUGUGCUUGAAGUGUGGUAUCCAGGCCUGUAACCAUUCAGGGAUCCAGCACGUUGUCCGGCACCACCAGGCCUUCAAUCCAGAGGCUCACUGCAUCACCAUCAGCCUGAGCACGUGGAAGGCCUGGUGUUUUGAAUGUAACGAGGAGCUCUCCACACACUGCAACAAGAAGGCUUUGGCUCAGACCCUCGACUUUCUACAAAAGCACUCUGUCAAGGCAACAUCAGGAGCAUCACCCAAGAUCAUCAAGUUGCAAGAAGAACCAUCAGAAUAUGCCGACUCGGCAAAAGGCAAGAGUCCAGCCGCCAACAGCACCUUGGUCCCCGUCAAAGGCAUCAACAACCUCGGCAACACCUGCUUCUUCAACGCUGUCAUGCAGAACCUGUCUCAGACGCACAUGCUCAUCGACCUCAUCCAGGAUAUGAAGGACAAAGGCUACAAGCUGAGGAUCGGCCCCACUGUCGAUAGCAACGUGAGUCCGUUGACAGUAACGCUGCACAGUCCGGAGCCGCUGACAGCGGCCAUGUUUCUGUUCCUGCAGAACAUGAAGGAACCAGGGAAAGGCCCCAUCAACCCCAAGAUGCUCUUCAACCAGCUCUGCCAGAAAGCGCCGCGCUUCAAGGGCUACCAACAACAAGACAGCCAGGAGCUCCUCCACUACCUUCUGGACUCCAUACGCGUAGAGGAAACUAAAAGGGUGAAAGCGGGAAUUCUGAAGGCUUUCAAUAAUCCCACUGAAAAGACGGCGGAUGAGGAGACCAAACGCCAAGUCAAAGCAUACGGAAAGGAAGGUGUGAAGAUGAACUUCGUCGACCGCAUUUUCGUGGGCGAACUGACCAACACAAUUAUGUGUGAAGAGUGCGAACAUAUCUCCACAGUGAAAGAGGCUUUCAUUGACAUCUCUUUGCCGAUCAUAGAGGAGAGGAUAUCAAAACCGUCCAACCCCGGUCGGCUAGGGAAGGGCAGCCGGGAGCAGGACACUCACGUGACCCACCACGACCAGGUCCUCUCCGCAGCGCACUCCGUCAACAGAAACAACACCAGGAAGCUGAGUGGACAGAAGCCGCCGAACAGGAGGUCCUCGAGCUCCAUGGAGGAGAAGAGAGCCAGCGGCAGUGAGGGGGGGGGCGUCGCCGCCCGACCGGCUCGAGGCGUCUCCGUCUGCAAGAUGGCCACCGCCGGCAGCCUGUCGGACGGCAGCGAAAGAGACUCGGCCGCUCAGGACAGCAGCAACGACGCCGACAGCGAGGCCUCGGAGAGCGAGUGUUCCCCGCGGCCCUUUUCCUCCGGCCGCGGCCACGGACACCUGUCCUCCACCCUCACCCCUUCCCCGACGCCCGUCUCCGCCCCCUCCUCGACGAGGCAGAGCGGCGCCGUGGAGCAGCUCGUCACCGGAGUGUCCAAAGUCAACCUGGGCUUCACUUCUGGGGACGGCGCCCCGGAGGAGCCGGGGGAAGCGCAGUCGCGAGACAACCUCCACCGUCAGCACCACCACCAGGGGGCGUUCCAGGCGCUGUCCCACAGCUACAUCCCCAGGUCCAAGGAGUGCUCCAUCCAGUCCUGCCUGCACCAGUUCACCUCCGUGGAGCUGCUGAUGGGCAACAACAAGCUGCUGUGUGAGAGCUGCACCGAGCGCCGGCAGAAACAGCUGCGCAAGAGCAGCGCGGCCGACAAGAAGGUGGAGAACAUCUACACCAGCGCCAGGAAGCAAAUCCUGAUCUCCUUGCUGCCUCCUGUCAUCACACUGCAUCUGAAACGCUUCCAUCAGGCGGGGAUGAACCUGCGAAAAGUAAACCGCCAUGUGGACUUUCCCCUGAUCCUGGAUCUGGCUCCGUUCUGUUCGGCAUACUGCAAGAACCUGGCAGCCGAUGAGCGUGUCCUCUACAGCCUGUAUGGGAUUGUGGAACAUAGCGGCUCAAUGCGGGGGGGCCACUACACUGCUUAUGUCAAAGUGCGCGCUCCCCAGAGGAAAACGGAUCAGCACCACAGGAACCUGUCAGGUGCGAGGGAAGCCGGCAGCAGCUUCCAGGGCCAGUGGGUGUACAUCAGUGACACCACCGUUCAGACGGUACCAGAGUCCCGGGUACUCAACUCUCAGGCAUACCUGCUCUUCUACGAGGAACUGCUGUAAUGGGACCAGCAACAGUAUUUUCCCCUAGAUGUCGGUUUUGCUUUGCAGUGUUGUCAGUUUUUUUAUGUCCAUGCCUGUACUCCUCAUACCCUAUCUGUGUGUAAGGAGGGACGAAAAGGGAAAAACUUCACUGUUCACACAUUUGUCUUACGGGAUGGGAAUGAACGUUUUGCAAAGACAAUUAUUUGAUUUUCCAGUUUUCAAAAAUCCAUCCCUUGAAAAAAAUAAAAAGAUAAAGGAAAAGAAGAGGUCUGGAGAAAAGCGUGUGGCUGAACUGGAGCCGUUCUUUUUGUUUUGUCUCCGUCACGAUCAGGUGCCUGAGAUACCAACUGCAUGAAGGCCUUUUUCUACAGGAAAUAAACAGGACAUGCUCUCGGUUGUUUCUGGCUAUGGUUGAUGGGUAGAUGGUUGGAAACGGCGGGAUGAAGAUGAACUCCGACUGGUUUGUGCUGUAGAUGGAGCGUGAGGACAAGCAGCAGUAUCACUGGUGACCGAGUUCAUGUCGUGCAUCUGGGAAUCUUGAGCACUAAUAAUGCAGCGUUAAAGGAGCAGUGUGUAUGAUUUAGGGGGGGGGGGGUCUAUUGGCAGAAAUGGUUUUCCCUGGUCUGUAAUCAGUAACGUAGAAGUCCUUCACAUCUCCUCUUCACCGAGUCAUCGGCUGUAGAUUAGAAGUGGGCGUAGUCGUCGUGACUGCACCCGUCUGCUUGUGGGCUGGUGUUACGAAGCCUGGAUUUCAGCGUGUUGGCCGUCGCCAUCUUGGUUUCUGCCAGCGAGUGAGCGGAGGCCACCGCAUUUGGACUGCCGAGGAGCAACGCAGGGAAGAAAGAGAUUUUCUCGUUUUGACUUUACCUGAAGGCCACCGUAGUUCUCUGUCGCUUGUGGAAAGGGGGGGGGGGGGUAUUGUCUCAGUCCUUACCCUCUGUAUGUAUGCUAAUGAUGAACAUGUUGUCAUUUACCUCGCCGUACUGGUUUCAAUUGUUACACAUGGCACCUUUUAAAGAACAGCACAACAAUUAUGCUACCGCCUCCUUUGAAAAGUGUUUUUUUCUUUUGUUACAUCAGAAUGUAAACAUGCGAGACGAUCAGUUAAUUACAUUUGCCAAAGAAGAGUUUCGCAGCCGCAAAUCAGACAGAGCAGAGAAUCCAAAACACACGGAGGGGUUUGCUUCAACCAGUUUAUUUAACGUUUGUUCUCUCGAGGUCGUCAGCGCGGUUCUCGAUGUUUGUCGGAGCAACAAAGCACCUCGUCUGCCUUCAUUGUGUUCAGCGCUCCUGCUGCUGUAUCUCACUCACGGACCCUUUGAAUUGUUCAACUAAGCGCUGUGACUAUCCAUCAUUCUAUCAGUAAGGUUAAACCAGACAUAACUUUAACUAACGCCUGACUAGAAUAGAAAAUGGUAAUGUGCAUGGGGUUAAUGUAAAAAAAAAAAAAAUGAAUGUAUUGCUUAUUCUUGAAAUGUCUGUAAAAAUGAGCUGUUCAUCUUUUUCUAUGAAAAUAUUUUUGAAAAAGAAAAGGUUGUUGGACAUUUGACAAAACGGUAGAAAGAACUUGGCUGGUCUAACGGUUUUUUUCUUCCUUUCUAUUUCAAUCUUCUUUAUUUUUUUUUUAAACGAGGACAAAUUCAGUGCCUGUGCUUCAGGUUUAAGAAACCUGUGCACGGUGAGAGGAAAAUGUAUGCAGAAGAAAAUGCAAAGAUGGAUAUGUGUGACAUAACUGUGUACAGUAUAAGUUACUGUAAGCAACACAUAAUAAAGAGUAUAUGUAAUUGUACAUAAUAGAAAACGAUACAAAACCACGGUGCUUCGGGUGUGCAGUUUUUUUCCCUCAAGACGGAUUUUUUUUCUUUCCAGAAGGUCCUUUCAAUGUCAUUUCUGAAAAGAUUUCAACAUUUGGAAUGAGUAAAACUGCAAACUGUAUUCAAAGAAAAUAAAUCUAAUUUAUGAAUAUC